CUCAGCGAAAUGCAGUCCUCUAGGGAUCGAGAAGCAGCCAUUGUCAGAGAUUUGCUUUAUGUGAUUACUGGUAAAGAGGGAAUAUACAUCAAAUACUCACAAGAAGUAGACGAAACCGAUCUCUUUAAAUGCUUCAAGGGAUUGACCUAUAGAAUAAACAAGGAUAUUGAUAUCAAUUUCAAGGAUCUUGCAAAACAGAUAUCUCAGUUAGGUAAGUUUUAUUCGGCAUUAUCUUUUUUUGAAAAGUAUUUCAACAAGGCUGGCCAUGGAAAAGUACUAAGUCGACUCUGUCAGUAUAUAAGAAAUUACCUUCAAGAAUAUCGAUCGGUAGUAUGUACCUUGUUUGAAUUGUUUGAUACAGAAACUAGCUUUUCUAUAAUAUCACUGCAUCAAAAGCUGAACGAUAUAACACCAAGCUCUAAGGUACCGAGCAUAGCAAAAUCUAUGCAACUACUAUACGAUUUGACUCAACUGAUUAUUGCAGAAAACACCAAACGUCUGAAGAACUCAAAUCUUCUGGAUAUGAGAUUUGAAAAUAUUAUGAGGUCUUUGAAAGAAGAUAUAGGUACGAAUAUAAUGGAUGAUGUUUUCUUAGACUCACAGAACUCUAGACACGUAAAGGGUGGAAUUGUGUUGAACAUUAUAAUGUCACAACUGGAAAAUUUCAGUGGAAAUGAUCGAUCCUAUAACUUAUUUCACCACAUAUAUGAAUUUGUCAGUAUAUUUUACAUUCAAACGUUGAAUAAGUGGCUACAAUAUGGAGAAAUAUUGGAUCCAUUUCAUGAGUUCUUUAUUGUUAAGUCUAUACCCGAAUCUGACUCCUCCGUGUACAAUUCAUAUUACUGGAUGAAUAAAUAUGCGAUAAAAAGGGAAGGCUUGUUGAGGCAAUUUGAGCCAAUAGAUUUUCAAAAACAAGUAUUUUUCACCGGAAAAAAUCAAUCCAUCAUAAAUGAGUGUAAUUGUCAGACUCUGAUAAAAUCAUGUCCCUUCAACCCAAUCAAGUCACUUCAGGAUACAAACCUUGAACUGAUUAUUAAUGAAGCUUACGUACGAUCAAACAAGUUGAUUUACCAACUGCUAUCUUCUGGUUAUCAUUUAUUUGGCUUUGUUUCGCUGUUGAACAAGUAUUUUCUACUAACAGAUGGCGCUUUGUUCGAUAAGUUUUUGAAUGAUUCCAAUCACGAGCUGAAAAGAAGUUUUAGCAAUAAAGCCAGCACAGAAAUUAUACGGUCUUAUGAGAAUGCAUAUGAUACAGAUUAUAAGACAGGCAUUGAGAAGCUGGUGUCAGAUUUGUUGAGAAUUAAAUUUGAAAAACAUUCAUUAUUGGAAGAUAUUCUAGAUAUCAUCAAAACACAAGUAACAGAUGCAUCAGAGAUUCUAAAUGCUCCAGAUUUUGGAAAACUAACUGACUUGUUGAAAGCAAACGUUCAGAGCAACUCUCAAUCUCGGUCUUCAGAGAAAAGUGCUGAUCUAGAAGGAAGGCGGUGUAAUAAAUUGACCAUAAGCAGGCUUAAUCUUGACGUUGAAAUACCAUUUCCAUUGAAUCAAGUUAUCAUAGAUUCUCAAAAGCUUGAGUAUCAGAUAUUGUUUAGACACUCAGCAUUGGUUAAAUUUCUAGAAAAAAGGUUUGAAAAAUCUUGGAGAGAAUUGGGUUAUCAAACUUUUUGGACCUGGACUUUUGAAGAUAAAAGAGUGAGAAAAUGGAUCAAAAGGUGCAGAUUUAUACACACCAAGAUGUUUGAUUUCAUAAGGAUAUACACGUUUUAUUUCAAAUAUGAUGUGAUUGAUAACCAUUGGAGUACCAUCACUAAAAUGUUUCAAGAU